AUGGAAGAAAAAAAUGGAAGAAAACGCCAGGGUGAAAAUCUAAAAACAAAGAAGAACAACAAAAAACAAGUUUUCGAAUACGGCAACUACAAGAGUUACUACAACUACAGAAUUAGUGAAGGUGUUGAUGAAGAUCCUCGCAUGAAAGUGUUCAAGAAAGAGUGGUUUCAAGGGAAGGAUUGUCUUGAUAUUGGUUGCAACAGUGGGAUAAUCACCAUACAGAUUGCACUGAAGUUUAGCUGCCGGAGCAUUCUUGGAAUUGACAUUGAUUCUGAUCGAGUGUGUGAUGCAAAUUGGAAUUUGAGAAAAACAGCUAGAUUGAAAUCUGCCGGGAAUAAACCUUCCAAGGUCUCCAAACUCAACCCCGACAACAGCCACAGGGACCAUUCAAAGAACAGUGUUACUCCUUCAUCACAUGUUGAAACGAAAGACAUUUCAAAUGAGCCUUCUUCUUUGGAGCAAAUUAAUCUUUCCAAUAUUGUUUCUUUUCAAUGCGAAAAUUUUGUUCAGAGUCGGCACCCACCAGGAAAGCAGUAUGAUACUAUUCUUUGUCUGAGUGUAGCAAAAUGGAUUCAUCUAAAUUGGGGGGAUGAUGGCUUAAUUACAUUAUUUGCAGAGACUUGGAAGCUGCUCCGACCUGGUGGCUUUUUUGUGUUGGAACCUCAGCCAUGGAAGUCAUAUGAAAGCAACCGUAAUGUCACAGAGAAUACUUCUGCAAACUUCCGUAAUAUUAAGUUUCGACCAGAAGAGUUUCAGGAAAUACUGCUAGAUAAGAUUGGAUUUAGAACAGUAGAAGCAAUUACUUCAGAUUUGACAGGUAGCACAACUGGUUUCAACAGGCCGAUUUUGGUUUUUCAGAAAUAA